CUCUGAAUCAAAGAGAUGGCCAUGAAUAUUGUUAAAAUCAUAUGCAAAGAAAUCAUCAAGCCUUCUUUAUCCCCAGCACAAACUCGACUCAGAACCUAUAAACUUUAUCUUCUAGAUCAGUUAUCCCCUCCUAUGUACGCACCCUUACUCCUCUUCUAUGCACCAACUAGUAGUGCCAUACAAUCCAACAUAGCUCACUUAAAAUUCUCGCUUUCGGAAACAUUAACUCAUUACUUUUCGUUCGCAGGACGCUUCAAAGAUGCGUUAUCUGUCGACUGCAAUGAUCAUGGCAUUAAUUACACUGAAGCUAACGUCGGUACUGACAUGUCUUCGGUUCUUAAUCAGCCUAAUGCUGAUUUUUUUGUUCAGCUACUUCCGUGUAACCCGCAUUAUAAAUCAGAUAAUUUAGCUGAUCAAGAAAUGUUAUUAGUAAGAGUAAAUUUCUUCUCAUGCGGGGAAUUGUGAUUGGAGUUUGCAUUUGGCAUGCUCUCGCUGAUGCAUCAGCUCUAGCUUCAUUCGUUACGAGCUGGGCAGCAAUUGCUCGUGGUGGUGGCGCCGCUCUAGAAAAUGAUGAAAUGGCUGGUGUUGUUUUUGAUUGCACUUCUCUUUUUCCUCCUCAAAACCUAUCAACCUUUUCCACAGGUAAUUAUCUAGAUAAAAAUUUACUGAUGUCAAGGAUCGUUACUAGAAGAUUUGUUUUUGAGGGGUCUGAAUUAUCUUCUCUAAGAGAAAAAAUCGGAGAUUGUCCAACUCGUGUAGAGGCAUUAUGCGCGCUCAUUUGGGGAGCUGUGAUAGCUAUAUCUCGAGAACAAUCUCCAUCAUCAUGCAGAAGCCGUCAUCUUGCUACAAUUAUGGUAGAUUUACGCAAGAGGAUGAACCCACCAUUGCCGGAGAAAUGUAUAGGGAACAUCAAUCAGCUUACUGUGGCCCAAUGCCCAACGAACACGGAAAUAGACCACAAGGGUUUAACAGGAUAUUUAAGGCAGUCGAUAAGGAACAUAAACGACGAAUAUGUAAGGAAUAUGCACGAAGGCGGUGAGUACUUGAAAUUAAUAAAAUCGGGAGGAGAGGGAGUUAGCUUUAGUAGUUGGUGCAAAAUUCCGUUCUAUGAAGCUGAUUUUGGGUGGGGAAGACCUGCUUGGAUAAGCACUGCAAUGGGGCUUAAUAAUUUGGCAGUUUUUAUUGAUGCAAAGGAUGGUGAAGGAAUUGAAGCAUGGGUUUCUUUGACUGCGGAAGACAUGCUCAAGUUUCAACAAAAUCAUGAAAUCCUCCAAUAUGCGUCCUUCCAACCCUAUAAAGUAUAA